AUGACUGAACUAUAUCCCACGCUGACGCAAUGCGCCAUCGUUGCUGCUGCGUUCAAGGUUCUGCUUUUCCCCGCAUAUAAGUCCACGGACUUUGAGGUUCAUCGGAACUGGCUCGCCAUUACCCACUCCCUUCCGAUUCAAGAAUGGUACUACGAGAAAUCCUCGGAAUGGACACUCGAUUACCCGCCGUUCUUUGCGGCCUUUGAAUGGUUGAUGUCGCAAGCAGCCGCAUAUGUGGACCCUGCGAUAUUCGUCAAAUCCGUCCCUUUGCCGAACAAGCAGGCUGCACAUGUGGCUAGUCUUUCCAUUCUGCUAUCUCCGGGCCUCUUCAUAAUCGACCACAUCCAUUUCCAAUACAAUGGAUUCAUGUACGGUCUUUUGAUUAUGUCAAUUGUCCUGGCCCGCAAACAAUCGACUCUUCUUUACAGUGGGAUCCUGUUCGCGGUCCUGUUGUGCAUGAAGCACAUCUAUCUCUACCUUGCCCUUGCAUACUUCGUCUACCUCCUGCGCGCCUACUGUCUGGAUCCUAGAUCAGUAUUGCGCCCUCGUUUUGGAAACAUUAUCAAGCUUGGAGUAUGUGUGGUUGGUGUGUUUGCGAUUGCUUUUGGUCCUUUCGCGCAAUGGGGUCAGUUGCUGCAGCUUAAGGAUAGGCUUUUCCCAUUCUCCCGGGGUCUUUGCCAUGCCUAUUGGGCACCGAAUAUUUGGGCAAUGUACUCGUUUUCUGAUCGAGCUUUGAUUCCACUUGCUCCAAGACUGGGUCUCCCCGUGAACACCGACGCAUUGAACAGCGUUACACGAGGGCUUGUGGGAGAUACUUCCUUUGCCAUCCUUCCCGAGGUUACCAAGGAGCAUACCUUCUUGCUAACCUUCUUAUUCCAACUGAUCCCCCUAGUUAAGCUCUGGUUCCGUCCGGACUGGGAUACUUUCGUCGGAGCAAUCACACUCUGUGGCUACGCAUCCUUCCUAUUCGGCUGGCAUGUACACGAAAAGGCCAUUCUCCUAAUCAUCAUCCCCUUCAGCCUCAUCGCACUCAAGGACCGUCGCUACUUCAGUGCCUUCCGGCCUCUGGCAGUUGCUGGACAUGUCUCACUCUUCCCGCUGCUAUUCACGGCAGCCGAGUUCCCCCUUGAAGACCGUUUACACGGUGCUGUGGCUGGUGCUAUUCCUCUUCGUCUUUGA